AUGUCCACCACUGCUCGAGGAAAGAGCUCGGCCGGGUCUGCCUUCAACCUCCUCACUGCUGGCGGAGCACGCUUUGACAAGACCCGUUUCAAGCAUGAUCAUGAACUAUUCACCAAGCCAACCGAAACUUCCAAGCCGAGCAAGAAGCGCCGCACCUCAUCGUCGGCCGGUAGAUCAGGCACCCAAGGCCCACUCCCGGCGGGUCUCAACGUGUUCUCUGAUCCCUCAUCCUCUCGCCCGAUCCGUCCGGAACCUAUCGCCGAAGACUCAGACUCGAACUCCGACUCGAAAUCCUCAUCCUCAUCGACCCCUGCCCCCGCACCGCCAACCCAAAAAAUAACGCUCUCCGGCCCCUCCCCCCUCCCCGCAUCCCUGCACGCCAACCUUCCCUCCCUCCUGUCUCAUCCCAAUCACCCACUGCCUCAGGCAAGCGGCAAACCCCUCCUCCGCGCCCUAGACCAGGCGGGCAUCAAAAGCCUCUGGGGCGUCCAAGCGAGCGUGGGCGGGUGCGUCCUAGAUGGGAAAGACGUCAUGUGCGUGGCGCCCACGGGAAGCGGCAAGACGCUGGCGUAUGUCUUGCCGGUGCUGGUGUCCCUGGGGGAGCCAGCGAGGAUCAGGGGGAAGGGAGAGGGGGUGAGAGCGGUGAUACUUGUUCCGACGCAUGAUUUGGGACAACAGAUUCUGGGGGUCGUGAAGGCUGUGACGGCGGGAAGGGCGUGGAGGGUCAUGGCGCUUAGUAAAGCGACAGAGAAGGCGGUUUGGAGGGCCGGAUCACUCGGACUGGAUAUCCUCAUCGCCACCCCAGAAAGGCUGCAUCACCUUGUCCAGAACCAACAACUCUCCCUGGCCAAAACGCUACAUCUAGUCAUGGACGAAGCCGACCGCCUCCUCUCGCCCGACUUUCUCCCUCAAGUCCAACCGAUCGUUUCUGCCUGCUUGUCGCCCAAGAUCCAAAAGGUGUUGCUUUCGGCUACAAUUCCGGCGAGCCAGGAGGCGGUUGCGCGGGGGUGGAUGAAAGAUGGGGGAGUGCGGGUCGUGGUUGGGAUCAAGGACUCGGCCGUAUCCACCGUCGCCCAAUCCCUCCUCUUCACAGCUACAGAAUCCGGCAAACUCCUCGCGCUCCGCAACCUCCUGAGCUCCGGCUCCCUCCCUUACCCCUCGCUCAUCUUUGUCCAGUCUAUCCAGCGCGCAGACGACCUGUACGCGCAAUUACAGACCGAGAUGGAUGGCGUAAGGGUGGGGGUCGUACAUGGUGGGAAAAGCAAUAAGGAGAGGGAUGAGGUCGUGAAGGGGUUCAGGGAGGGCGGGGUUUGGGUGUUGGUCGUGACGGAGGUUAUGGCGAGGGGGAUGGAUUUCGGGGGGGUCAAGGUGGUUGUAAAUUAUGACUUUCCACAGACGGUGCAGAGCUACAUCCACCGGAUAGGUCGCACAGGCCGAGCCGGACGAGCAGGCAAGGCAAUCACGUUCUUCAGUAAUGAAGAUGCGCCGCAUCUCCGGACAAUCGCCAACGUCCUCGUAUCCUCCGGCUGCCCCGUCCCGCAAUACAUGCUCGACCUCCCCGCGCCCAACAAGAACCUCAAGCGGCACCUCGCCAAGGCGCCGGUGAAGCGGAAAGUUGUCGGAGGGGGAGGGAGGGAUCUGGCUAGGGAGGAAAGGAGGAGGAAGGGGGAGAUGGUAAGGGGAAGUAAGAGACGGAAGGGGGGUGGGGAGGAUGAGGAUUAG